ACUCACUCACACACACACACACACACACACACACACACACACACACACACACACACACACACACACACACUCACACACUCAACAUUUGAUCAGGAGUAAAUCAGUUACGGGGGAGAAACAAUGCGUAUACUUUUACUGUGAAUUUACCCAGUGCUUUCUGUCUUUUCUAAAUAAAGAAACAAGUGCUUUUAUUAGGGUCACUUACAUUUAUUUAUUUCACAUAUGCUUUUAUCUAAAGCCACUUACAAAUGACGAAUACGACAACCGAUUCACGUCAAGGAGAAACUCUGAAACGUACAAACAGACAUAAACACUGAGAAUCACAGAGAUUUAAGAUGAAGCAAAAGCAUAGAAGAUUGUUUCACUCUCCCUGAACUCUGUACGGAGCGGCUGAUGUGUGUGUGUUUGCAGGGUGAGUCUGCUGUGUUUGACUCUACAGGAUCUGCAGCUGCACACAUCACAACUACAGCAGCAGAAGUACAGGAUGUUCCUGCAGGUUCUGCGAGUGUUGUUGGGUGACGGAGAGCAUGCAGACGGCAUCCACGAGCAGCAGCGGCAGGAGGCGGAGCUGCUGGUGAGGGGCGUGUCUGUGGAUGAGGGGGCGGAGCCAGACACACUCAUGUGUUCGAUCGAGGAGGUGGAGAAAACGGGCCGGGAGCAGCUGGAGCGCUCGCUGCAGACGGCGCUGAGUUUCGCGAAGCAGUUGGAGCGGCUCGGGCAGACUCUUGGCCGCAGGUUCUCUGGUGGCGUCUCGGAGGAAGUGAUGCGUGGCGUGAUGGGCUGCCUGCGGCUGAUGGAGGACGCUCUCGCUGAGGUGCAGGCGUCUGUUCUGAAGAUGCUGCUGCAGCGCUUCGAGUGCUGGCUGGAGGUGAGCCACGGCCUGCGAGAGAAGACUGCGCUCCUGAGACGGGAGGCGGAGCUUAUGCUGAACAUCACUGGCCAAUCAGUGCGUGAGCUGAGAGCUGACGGACAGCUGGAGAAACAGAGUCUCAGUGACCUGGAGACUGCAGUGAAUGACGUGCUGGAGCAGAGCACUGACGAGAUCAGACGCCAGACUGAGGAGCUCGCGCUAGAUCGCUGUCAGAAGGCCUGUGUGAGGAGGAGGAGGAUGAUGAAGGCUCAGAGCUCUGAGUGGAGUCGUGUGUCAGACUUGCAGACGGACGCUCAUCUCAUGAUGAAGGUGUUUGUGGAGCUGCAGAUGAGACACUGGCAUCAGAGGCGAGACUUUGAGCUGCAGCAGGACACAAGAAUCACUGACACUCUGUGUGAACUCUGGAUGAGCUUGUGUAGUAAGUGCAGCAGACGCAUCACUGAUUUGUGCUCAGAGUUUGUCCUGAGCAGUGUCACUGCAGGCUCCGCCCCCUCUGCAGGCCAGGGCCAAUCAGUGCUGCAGAGCAUGAAGCUCACUGUGACCAAUCAGAUGCAACGAGAGGAAAGACAUGCCCACACACACCUGCUCACACUCAGAGAGCAACUGCAGCAACGCAGACAGGUUUGGACGGAGGACGAGGCUUUGACUCGCGCGUGUCUGGAUCACUUUGGAGAGCAGCAGCUUGAGGUCGUCACGGCAACGGUUUCCAGGUGUUCAGAUAUGCAGAUGAGUUGUGCUCUAAUGGAAGAACAGCAGCGUCUUUUGAUUCUGGAGUUUCAGAGAAUUUUAGCAGCUCGAUGUUUUUAUCUGCGAUCCGUGAGAGAGAUGAAGCUGAAUCAGCUGACCAUACAGACAGAUACACAGGACUCCUGUGUUGCCAUGGAAACGGUCUCGCCUGACGCAGCUGUGAUUGGUCAGAAUCUUCUGCACGAGCAGCUGUCGGAGCUGGAAGCCGCUGCUGAUGUGCUGCAGGGACACGCCCACCUCCUGAUUGGCCACGCCCUCUCCUGCGCGGUGCAUCUGCAGAUGGGCGGAGCUUCUGCUAGAGACAGAUGGGUGAAGGAGCGGCUGAUCGACGGCGUGUGUGAGAGCGUCUAUGUGACACGCGACUCCGUGUCGUCUCUCGUCUGUGAAUAUCAGUCUCGGAUCCGAAGCGCGAGCCUCACGCCGCGCCGCAGCGCUGCUGAGCAUACAGACGCACAGACGGAGAGAACCGUCUGCACUAGAGCUCUUCAUAAAGAACUCACCGACUGGGCCAGAAAACCCACAUCUGCUGAAUUACAUCACAGGGUUGUUGAGCAGAAGAGGACGUGUGUGACGGAGUUUAAAAUGGAUCAUCGAAGUCCAGCGCAAACAAACCUCUACAGACAGAUCAGAGAUGAAGAGGAGGCUUUCAUGCGUCGUCUGGCGUCUCUGGCACGAGUGUCUCUCCGCAGCAUGAAGGAGGAUGAUUUCUCAGAAACCAGCUGAAGAUCUGACCAGCAGGAAUGAAGGAAUCUCCUCAGGUUUCUGCUCCGGAGGAUCAUGCGCUUGUUUUCUCGUAAUUCACUUCCCCAAGCAAAUCCCCAAAAUAUCUCAAUCAUUAAAGAGAAUAAGUGCCUUGUUUCAUGGUGUCCGUUGCACAGAUUGUAAAUUAUAAUCUGUUUAUUACAGCCUUUUAUGAUGAUCUUUAUACCUGUGGUUUAAGAUGAAUCAUUGUGACUGUACUUUUGUAUUUUGUCUUUAUAAUAAAGGAAAACAUCAGCUGCCCAAAGCUUUUUAUGUAGUUGAG